AUGCUGUUUUUGUUCGCGGACGUCGCGACUUUCUCGUCUCACUUGAUCCUUGGUUUCAAGCGGAAGAAUUACCGCAAGCACAUAUCAACAUACAACUUCUCGAUCCUUCUGGUAUCUUGGUCGAUCUGGAACGUCGUUUCGCACCCACUGUGCCGGCAACACGUAGUGGACGUUCUCGUGACGCCUCCAGAGAUCCACGUAUUUAUCAACGUCUCGGCUAUUAUUGUUUCCACCAGUAGUAUUAUGACUCCACCGAGCAUGCGACAUCUAGUUGGCCUUGUGCUUGGUGAGUUCCUUAUCAGCUUUGUUCUGUCAGCCCUUGAGGUGUUCAAUUUCUCCAUGGAUGGGAGCUGGCUCACAGCGGCUGGAAUGGACAUCGUAAUAUUCAACACUGCUAUUUUGUUGGUUGGCUCGACAAUCAUUCUUGGCACAGUGACUGUUGACAAGGACAUCAAGUCGUUGACACAAGAUAUGGAGAAUCGUCUCGGCUCAGCAAGCUUGUUUGAGGACGACCUUGAGCGCCGGAAGCGCGCCGUGCUAACUGCUUUGUGCGACGCUGUGUUGACCAUGGACUCGGACUUCAAGAUUAUAGAGAGCGAUGGCGGAGCAGAUCGGGUCUUUCGCAGAUCUAUGUUGAACGAAAUGUUGACAGACUAUCUCAAAAGUCAGGAGAAGAGAAAGAUGGGUUUCAUUCGGCCGUGA